AUGCUACCACCAUGCCCAAAACCAGAAUUACCAAAAAAUGCAAAACUAUCAACAACUGCUAUAGAAACCAUAGGAUUUAUAGUAUUAGCCGUACUAAUUGUUGCUAUAAUUUUGGGUCUUUAUAUAUCCUUAAUAAAAAGAAAAGCAGAAAAAUUACACAGACAACAUGUAGAUGCACUAGAAAGUGGAGAAUCUACAUAUAGCCAUGCCCCUGUUGAAAAUAAUGACUUUAGAGUAUAUGGAUUAACAUGGCCACUUUAUUAA